AUGCCAAGUUCCCUUCAUCUUGCAGAAUAUGCGAUACAGGCCUUGAUAGCCCAGGUGCUUGGCGACAGCAUGCGAGGAGUGAAUUACACAGUGCCUGGAAGCACUAUAUUGCCCUUACAGUCAAGGGCAAAGACCAUCAGCCCAGAUCAUGAUUCCCUUUCUGAAGAUGACUCAGAUGAAACAGACGAAGAGCAUCCUUGGUCGUUGGAGUUUGAUCCUGAGCAAUGCCUUUUCUGUGGUGAAGCAAGGACAUCAUUUGAUGACAAUAUUUUCCACAUGUCAAAGGCGCAUAGCUUCAUCAUACCAUAUCAAGAUCACCUGGACACCGACAUCACAUCCCUUCUCAGAUACCUAUACCUUGAAAUUUUCGAGUACCACAGGUGCAUAUUGUGCUCUACUCGUCGAAGAACGAUUGAAGGUAUCCAACACCACAUGAUGGCGAAGGGCCAUUGCAGAUUCGACAUUACUUCGCACACUUCUGGUUUUUAUAAUUUCCGCGAGGCACACAAUAAAACAAAAGUUGCAGGUAUUAGCCCAUUACUGCGGCCAUCUCCAGUUAGAAUUCGCGGCUAUCGCACUCGAGCGUUUGAUAAAUAUCGUCAAUCGCUGGGGCGCAGAGAUUCUCCUCCUCUGUCGCUGCCCAAGGCAACAAACGAACAAGCGGGUACUGAAACUGAAGACGAUAAACCAACCUCGGCUUCCCGUACCCAGUUAUUACAACUCAGUCGAGGCGAUCGGGAAGGUUUAGCGCAUCUGUCCAAUCCUGAGCUACGAUCAUUGCUUGCUAUCCGAGCGAAGCAUAUUGGCCAAUUGAGUCGAAAAGAGACAAAUGCCAAAUUGAAGCUUGAGAAGGCCGGAAACAUAACUUUGACUGCCCAUUUUAGGGCAGAUACCUCUAAGAGAUUCAGGGGUCCUUGGGGGUAG